GUGUUAGGGUUUUCUGUUUCACAUCUUUCAAUGAUUCUUUAGGACUGGAUCCAAUCAGCUGAUUUCUUUACAGAGAAACUUUGAACCUUCAGUCUGUUUGGAGGAUCUAGCUCUAUUAUAGAUGUAGACAACACAAACUGCUGGGGUUGCUCGAUUAAAUGGUCUAAUAUCCAGAAUUCAUGUCUGGCAGAUUCAAAUAGUAAAACCUCUGCUUGAGAGAGGAGAGACGUGCCAAAGGAAAAUGUUUCUCUGCAUGAAUCCACCAAACGAUGGAUUAUUAAAGGAUAAAAAAAACGCUGCGAGCUGCUUUGAUCUAGAUACAUGCAGAUGAUCUGGUUCUGGAGGAUGAAGCUAGUUAGACGAGGUGGACCCAGACGUCCUGAAGCUUCAGCAUGUGGAACUCAUUUCCAGUCAGUGGAACUGGAGGCUGGAAUUAUCAGAGGCUCUUCUUCUCUUUAUUUAUUUUAACCGUUUAUGUGGCAGUGUGACUGGUUAACCCUUUACUGGGCUCUGAUGCUGCCAAUCAUAGAUGCAGAGCACACAGAAUGUUUUGCAUCAUGUUGGAACUGAAUUGUCUUUAAUGAAUUCUUGGAACGAUGUAAUCAAUGGAGCUGCUGGUUUCUGCAGAGUGGACAGCGUUCUGAAGCAGAUGACAGAAAUCCGAGACCACGACCGACGGCUACGUCUGCUGGAGGCACAGGUGGAGUACUGCUGCAGCGCCCUCUGCUGGAUGACUGAAGCUCUGUCUCAGAGUGAGUUGGUGGGAAGCAGCCGGCCGCCUCCUCCACCCAGAGAGGUUUCGGCACUGUCUCCAAGCUGAGCUUCACAUCCCAGUCCUCCCAGUCCUCCCAGUGCAGAAGAACUCUGAGCUGUGGAUUAACUCCUGCAGCUCUGGCUGACUUUAAACUCUGGGACUCGGAGUGGAUUAGUCUCAGAUUGAGGAACACUCAGGACUUUCAUAUUUAACAAUCUCUAGUUUCCUGUUUGGGGGAUUCUAGUGGUUUGAUUUUUUUUGUUAUGAGAAAAUCUAUAUUUUGCCUUUUUGUAUAGAAAGGUCAGUCUGCAUGUUGUUGUGUGACAGGAGAGCUUUAGC